AUGACCCAGCUCCGACUAAGAUCAGUGGUUAGACCACUUACACUACUUCUGUCCGUGUUGCCUUACAGCAGAGCAUCGCCAACACCGCCAUGCAGUCCACCUCCCGGUGUUGAGAUCCCGAAGCAAGGAGCCGUCGCUUCACAAAGCUCAGUAUGCAGUGAAAUCGGCAUUCAAAUGCUCAAGGAUGGAGGAAACGCCGUUGAUGCGCUCGUGGGCACAGUCAUCUGUGUGGGCGUCAUUGGGAUGUAUCACAGCGGCAUUGGUGGGGGCGGCUUCUUGCUGCUGAGGCAGAGUGAUGGCACGUACGAGUUUGUCGACAUGCGUGAGACGGCGCCGGGUGCUGCGACCCAAGACAUGUAUAACGACAAUGAGGACUUGAGCCUUCACGGUGGUAUGGCAAGCGGCGUUCCCGGAGAGCUACGAGGCCUCGAGUAUGUCCACGACAAGUACGGCGCUCUGCCUUGGGCCCAUGUCAUCACGCCGUCCAUUAAGCUUGCCAGAUACGGCUUCGAAGUGAAUGCAGACUUGAUCAGCGCCAUCAAGGGACUGAGUCCUAAUAACUUCCUCACGGAAGAUCCAGCGUGGGCCAUUGACUUUGCCCCAAAGGGACGCCUCGUCCGGCUGGGCGAGACUAUGACUCGCAAAAGAUAUGCUGAUACGCUCGAGGCUAUUGCCAACCAUGGCGCUGAUGCCUUUUACACCGGUCCCAUUGCUAAUGCCACCAUUCGCGCACUGAAAGCAGCUGGAGGGAUCAUGACGCUGGAGGAUCUCAAGAACUAUACAGUUGCCAUCAGAGAGCCCUUGCACAUCAACUACCGUGGCUACAAGGUCACCAGCACAAGCUCUCCUUCAAGUGGUGCUGUCGCACUCAGCGCUCUCAACACUAUCGGGGGAUAUGAUGGGUUCAACGAAACUUCUCAAGUGAACCGGACGACGCAUCUGUUGGAUGAAGCUAUCCGGUUUGCGUACGGUCAGCGAACUGAACUGGGCGAUCCGUCUUUUGUCGACGGAAUCGACAAGUAUCAGAAGGAGAUGAUAGAGCCUGCAACUGGAGCCGAGAUUCGGUCCAAGAUCUCGUACAACAAAACUGAACCGGUCGCUUACUAUGACCCCAAAGGACUAGAGUCGCUUGAGACUCCGGGAACGUCGCAUAUUGUCGCUGCGGAUGCCAGUGGGAUGGCUGUUUCGAUGACAACGACAGUCAACCUGAUAUUUGGAUCAACGCUGAUUGUCCCCGAAACUGGUGUCAUCAUGAACAAUGAAAUGAACGACUUCAGUAUCCCCGGCCUCAGCAACAGCUUCGGCUACAUCCCCAGCCCAGCAAACUACAUCCGUCCUGGAAAGCGCCCCCUAUCGUCCAUCUCGCCCAUCAUUGCCGAGACGGCAGACGGGAAGCUCUAUCUGGCGCUUGGGUCUGCAGGCGGAAGCAGGAUCAUUACGGCAAACAUUCAGAACACGAUUCACGUGCUGGAUGGCAACAUGACGACUCCCGAAGCGCUUGCUCAGCCACGCUUGCAUGACCAGCUCGUUCCCGACCAGGUGACGUUUGAGUAUGCUUACGACAAUGAGACAGUGGCGUAUAUGAAGUCGCUUGGUCACAACGUUACUUGGGUCGCGCCGGGGCAGAGCACUGCGCAGGCCGUGAGACUGUUGCCGAAUGGGACCUUCGAGGCUGCCGGAGAGCCGAGACAGGUUGAUUCUGGUGGUUUUGCUAUCUAA